AUGGCUGCGGCCGUCGCGACGGGGCGGCGCAUGAGCGCCGCGCUGAUGAAUCCCCCCACGCUGAACCUGGGCCCCACCCUGGAGAACGUGUGGAACCACGCCUGGGAGGAAGCCCCUCCCCCCAGCACGGAAGAGAAGGGCCCGGAGGGUGUCACCGAUGAGCUGGUGAAGGAGCGCCGCAAGGAGAAGGCGGAGGAACAGAAGAAGAUCGAUGAGUACGACAUCAAGGUCACAAUGCAGAACAAAGGUGGCAAGGCCACGGAAAUUUACAAGGCUCUCAGAACAAACCCCAACCAGUUCAAGGGCAUGCGGCUGGUGCUGCACCAGUGGAUCUCCUGGUGGGGCUUCGACACUGCCAUUGGGGUGAUCAUCAUGGUGAACGCCAUCACCAUCGGCUUGGAGACGCAGAUCAAAUCCUCAGUGCCCUUGGGCUGUACUGACACCUGCGAUUGCAGCAACCAGAUCUACAAGGAAGAGACCUGUGAAACGCCACCAGACUGGACAUCAAUGUUGGACUAUGCCUUUUAUGGCGUCUAUGUAGUGGAGCUGCUCAUGCGCGUGGGAGUUUAUGGCAUCUUCGUGUUCAAGAGCCAUUGGGUGAAGUUCGACUUCUUCUUGGUCCUCACCGCCACGGUGGAUCUCUUCGUGAAGGCGGUGUCCCAGGCAAAUGUGAAAAUUCUUAUGCUGGUGCGCAUGCUGCGCUUGGCUCGCCUAGCGAGAGCUGUCCGCCUUAUGGUGCAGUUCAAGACACUCUGGCAGCUAGUGCAGGGCCUCUUCCAUAGCUUGGGCACACUAUUGUGGACCUUCUUAUUGAUUAGCAUACUGAUGUAUGUGGGCGCCAUCGUCGGCAUGGAGUUCAUUCGCCUGGACCCGGAUUUGCCCGCGGACAGCCCGUACAACAAAGCGGUAGGUGCAAACUUCGUGGAGUUUCUGGAUGCCGUGAUGACGAUGCUGCAAAUCUUUAGUUUGGACAGUAUCGGCGCCAUCUACAAGCCGCUGAUCAAGCACAAGUUCUUCCUGGUGCUGUACUUCAUCUCCGUGCUAUUGCUGCUUUCCAUCGCGCUGAUGAACCUCGUGACAGCCGUCAUGGUGAACAGUUCGCUGGACCAAGCCACGCAGGACAAAGAGGCCCUGAAAGCUUGGGAGUCGGCACGCCGCGCCAAGCAGAUUGAUCACCUGAAGGACAUGUUCUUGACUCUGGACGAGGAUGGCUCUGGGGAGCUGACGAUGGAUGAGAUCAACGCGGCGCCGCAGGAGACACAGCUUCACCUCAAGGAGAUCGUGGCCACGGAUGAUCUCAGGGAGCUCUUUGAUAUGCUCGACUACGACGGCGGCGGCACCAUCGGCGUGGAGGAGUUCUGCGACGGGAUCCUCAAGGCCACGACCCGCAGCAGCGGGAUCUUGGAGCUGGGGCGUGGCCCGGCGAAGCGGGAGCCGAAGGCGCACGAGGCGGUCUGCCGGGAUUCGGCCGACGGGGCGUUUGCCGAUGCCUGA